AUGGUUCGGGAUUGUCCAGAAAAUAAGAAGUUUGUAUUUGGGAAGCCAAAAGAAGAGAAUAAAGAAGAUAGACAUAAGCCUAGGGCUCAAGGGCUGGUAUUUUCAUUGACUCAUAGAGAUGCUCAGGCUACUUCUGAUGUGGUGACAGAUGAUAUUUUGGUGUACUUAAAGAGUAGGGAGGAGCAUGAGCGCCAUUUGAGUAUUGUAUUGCAGACUCUUAGAAAUAAGCAAUUGUAUGUUAAACUAAAGAAGUGUGAGUUUUGGUUAGACAAAGUCUCUUUCCUUGGGCAUGUGGUGACCAAGGAUGGCAUCUCUGUUGACCCUGGAAAGGUAGAUGAUGUGUCAAAUUGGAGGAGACCUAAUACUGUGACUGAGAUUCGAAGUUUCUUAGGACUGGAUGGUUAUUAUAGGCGGUUUAUUGAGGGGUUAUCUAAGAUCGCCCUACCUCUGACCAGGUUGACGUAG